GCAAGGGGGCCAGUUGCUCACGUCUCUCCGGCCCCCCCCCCCGAGGGGCUGACCGUGUUGACGGUUUGCUUCCGGAGCCCUGCGGGCACCCCGAAACAUCCAGGGAAGGGUGGAAGAGCAGCAUCCUGUCCUCGCCCUCCCUGCCAGCCUCCAAACGGGCCACACUGCAGACUCCCCACGCUGGGGGACACGGGAAUCCAUCGUCAGGCCAUCACGCCGGGGAUGUAUCUUGUCUCUGGGGUUUCGCUCUGCUCUUCGACGGGAGCCACACACCUGCGUGUGUGAGACUGUCACGGCAACGGCGACACCCACAGGCAUUGGGUGUCUUCACGGAGAGGGGGCCUGGAAAACUCAAGACUCACACGGAGGUUCAUUUCCACACUCCACUCCACCCUUCCAGGCUGGUUUCUCCCUGCUGGAGACGCGUGGGAGCCCAGGGAGCGGCUUCCACUUCCCGCGGGAUCCCUGGAGAGGCCCGCAGAGCCAGCCCCCGCCCGAAACCCACCCCCCUCACCCCUUCCCCCUCUCCCCCUUCCGCUGCGUCUCUCUGGCCUCCGGCCCCACCCCUCCCACCCAAACCCCCCCACCCCUCCUCUCCCAAUCCCCCCCCACCCCCCACCCACCGACGCCACCACGCCCCAGGCAUCGGCGCCCUGGGGCCCCUCGGAGGGCGAGGGCGGGCUGUCCCAGGGCUCAGCGGCAGGCAAGAAGGGGUGGAGCCUGCUCUGCCUGUGGGCCUUCAUAAGAGCCGCUGGCUGUCUGCGCCGGCCUCCUGGCUGGACCUGAACGCAGUGCGCAGGCCGGCUGAGGAGCAGGGGAGCCCUCCGGCCUCUCUCUGCCCGGGUCCGUCCGUGGAAUUCCGGCCGGGGCUCCCCGCGAUGGCUCUCCCGACACCUUCGGACGGCACCCUCCCCGCGGAAGCCCGAGGACGAGGACGGCGGAGGAGACUCGCCUGGACCCCGAGCCAAAGCCAGGCCCUGCGAGCCUGCUUUGAGCGGAACCCGUACCCGGGCAUCGCCACCAGAGAACGGCUGGCCCAGGCCAUCGGCGCUCCGGAGCCCAGGGUCCAGAUCUGGUUUCAGAACGAGAGGUCACGCCAGCUGAGGCAGCACCGGCGGGAAUCUCGGCCCUGGCCGGGGAGACGCGGCCCGCAAGAAGGCAGGCGAAAGCGGACCUCCGUCACCCCAUCCCAGACGGCCCUGCUGCUCCGAGCCUUUGAGAAGGAUCGCUUUCCCGGCAUCGCCACCAGGGAGGGACUGGCCAGAGAGACGGGCCUCCCGGAGUCCAGGAUUCACGUCUGGUUUCAGAACCGAAGGGCCAGGCACCCGGCACCGGGUGGCAGGGCGCCGGCGCACGCAGGCGGCCCCUGCAACUCGGCCCCCGGCGGGUGUCACCCUGCUCCCCGGUCGGUCGCCCCGGCAGGCGGGGAUGCUGCCUACGCCGCCCUGGCUCCUCCGGAAGGGGCGCUCUCCCACCCUCAGGCGCCUCGGUGGCCUCCGCACCCCCCGAGCAAAUGCCCGGGGGACCGCGACCCGCAGCGCGACGGCCUGCCGGGCCUGCCCGCUCAAGCUGGGCCACAGGGCCAAGGUGUGCUUGCGCCACCCCCGUCCCAGGGCAGUCCGUGGUGGGGCUGGGGCCAGGGGCCCCAGGUCGCCGGGGCCGCGUGGGAACCCCAAGCCGGGGCAGCUCCACCUCCCCAGCCCGCGCCCCCGCCCCCGGAGGGCUCCGCGCGGCAGGAGCAGAAGCGAGCCGUCCCGGCGCCCUCCCCACCGCCCCAGGAGCCCGGGCGCUCGUCCGCACUGCCCUCCGGCCUGCUGCUGGAUGAGCUCCUGGCGUGCCCAGAGUUUCUGCAGCAGGCGCACCCUUUCCUAGAAACCGAGGCCCCGGGGGAGCUGCAGGACUUGGAAGAGCCCGCCGGGCUGGAACCACCCCUCAGCGAGGAAGAAUACCGGGCCCUGCUGGAGGAGCUUUAGGACGCGGGCUGGGGACGGGGUCGGGGCAGGGCGGUGGCCUCUCUUUCGCGGGGAACCCCUGGCUGGGCACGGAGGGGCGUGUCUUCCCUCCGGGCUGACCCGCCUGGCAUUCCUGCCUUCUAGGUCUGGGCCCGGUGAGAGCCCCCGCACAGCGGAGAACUGCCAUUCUUUCCUGGGCGUCCCGGGGAUCCCGGAGCCGGAGCCGGCCCAGGUACCAGCAGGUGGGCCGCCUACCGCGCACGCGCGGGUU